AUGAAGUUCACCAACUCUGUUGCCGUGACCCUGGCCACGGCGGGUUCCCUGGUGGCCGCCCACGGCCAUGGCCACGCCCACUUCCACAAGCGUGCCGUUGACACCGAGACCGACACCGCUGUCGUUGCCGGCCCCACCGUCUACGACUUCGUUGUGUACGACCCCAGCAAGUCUGGAACCCCCGAGGCCAUCUCCGCGGAAGAGGCCUGCGAGGGCCUCGCGGAGCACGAGUAUGAGUGGCUCGACGACCCCAUCGCCAAUGCCUGCCCUACCAGCACUCCUGUCACCAGCUCGACUCCUACUCCCACCCCCACCAGCACCGUCGCUGCCCAGGUCCUGCUCGAGACUUCCGCCGCCAUUACCCCCGCCACCAGCCCUACCAGCUCCGCUGAGCCUACCACCACUUCCACCAGCUCCGUUGCCGCCACCUCCUCGGCCGUUGCGUCCAGCUCGGCCAGCUCCAGCUCCACCAGCACUGGUAUCGAUGCGGACUUCCCCGAUGGUGAGAUCGACUGCGGUACUUUCCCCUCUGACUACGGUGCUGUCGCUCUGGACUACCUUGGCCUUGGUGGCUACUCCGGUAUUCAGUACCUCACCUGGGUCGAUGAGAUCGUCAGCGACAUCACCACUGCUGUCACCGGCGAUUCUUGCUCCAGCGGCGCUAUGUGUUCGUAUGCUUGCCCUGCUGGUUACCAGAAGUCCCAGUGGCCCUCCACUCAGGGCAGCACUGGCCAGUCCAUUGGUGGCCUGAAGUGCAAGAACGGCAAGCUGUACCUCACCAACAGCAGCCUCUCCAAGAAGCUUUGCAUUCAGGGCACCGGUGGCGUUUACAUCCGUAACAAGCUUUCCAAGGACGUUGCUGUUUGCCGUACUGACUACCCCGGUACCGAGUCUGAGACUAUUCCUCUGGCUGCCAGCGCUGGUCUCGAGCACGAACUGACCUGCCCUGACGGUGCCACCUACUACAAGUGGGAGGGCAAGACCACUUCCGCUCAGUACUACGUCAACAACGCCGGUGUCUCGACCGAGGAUGGUUGCCAGUGGGCUAACAGCUCCACCACCAUGGGUAACUGGGCUCCUAUGAACUUCGGUGUUGGCUACUCCUCCGGCGCCACCUGGCUCUCCAUGUUCAAGAACGAGCCUACCACUACUGCCGACCUUGACUUCAAGGUCAAGCUGGUCGGUGACGACCUGAGCGACAGCUGCAGCUACGAUGGCGAGGGCAACUUCUACAACAGCGACGGCAAGAUCACCAGCGGCAACGGCUGCACUGUCAGCUUCUCCUCUGGCAGCGCCUACUUCGUCUUCUACGACUAA